CAUUACGGCGCAGUUUGACUUCGCCGGCGGUUCUACUUCUUUUUUUUUUCCUCCUCGCAUAUGUUUCGAGCGCGAAACACGUUUGAAAAAAAAAAAUUAGCACUGUCGCGCAAGCGCACAUGUCCGACGUCAGAUUUCGCCGUGUCUCCGCGCGAACUUUCUGCUCCCGCAACGAAUAUCGUGCUCGUUAUCGGGAUACGUUAUCGGGCCAUCGCGUUCGCACGCAGAUCGCGAUAACAGGCGAUAACGCUCGACGAAGUCAACAAGGUCCCUCGCCGGAAACGUCGCAUCCGCGUCCUCACGCUGCUAAAGCAAAAUAGAAUGUGUAACUAAUUUGAAAGAUCAAAAGGAAGAAAAGAAAUGAAAAAACAAGGAAACCGUGUAAAAAUCGAAUGAGCCACAAGAACGGGGCCCGAAAACUGAAUGUGUUCCACGCACAACACGCGUACGAACGAGAGUGCGCCUCGGUAGAUUUUAACCCUGAGUUCACUCGGAUAUGAUUUAAUUUAACCGCGGCUCUCGGUAAUCCGACCGUUCAAUCUAUCUCUGUCCACCGACGAGUGCGCGCAAGUUUCUUCUUCGUCAGUAUUGUCGGUCUCCUUGGCCUUUUCCUUCUGAUUAUAAUGGCAAAGAUGACAACAGCGUUGUCCCUACUUGCGGUCUAUUUUAUUAUUACGACAUCAGCCUUUAAUAACGAGGAAUUGCCGGAGCAAGAAUGCCCUGUGGAUUGCCACUGUCACUACUUUCGCGUCAACUGGGUGACGGAUUGCUCGGACAGCAAUCUGACGACCAUUCCAUACAACGAGCUGAGUCAUAAUGUCUAUAUUUUAGACAUGAAUGAUAAUAAUAUUGCAGACAUCAGUCCGUUUCCAGAAUCGAUCAAAUUGAGGCGUCUUCAGAUGGCACACAACCGAUUAACUGAACUGACAUAUGAAUCAUUUGCUGGAUUGACGUACCUUCUGGACGCAGAUUUCUCAUAUAACGCCAUUACGCGGGUAGAUCCCGAAGCAUUUCGGGACAGCCCGGGUCUAAUUACAUUGGAACUCCAACACAAUCCCUUGGACGAGGUUGAGGAACCCUUCCUGAAUUGCCGUACGCUGCUGUAUCUCGAUCUGAAUUCAUGCGGGAUCUGGCACCUCAACACGCGCUUCUUCUACAACACGACGAAUUUGAAUAAGCUCGAUCUAUCGUACAAUCCCCUGCAAAGGAUAGAGCCGGGCCCUUUCGAUCAUCUGACGAAUUUGGAAUAUCUCAAGUUAAACGGAUGCAAUUUAACCUAUAUAUCACCUGAGGCAUUUUCUCACCUAGAAAAUUUGCGACAGUUAGAGAUAGCAGACAAUGAAUUAAAAACAUUGAACUGGAGAAGCGUUCUCACACCGUUGGUACGUUUGGAACAUCUAGAUAUCCGCAAAACCGGUAUCACGAAUCUACCGGGUGAUGCCUUCGCCAAGAACUUAUAUCUCUUACAACUGGUUCUCGCGGAUAAUGAACUGUGGCAUCUAGAUGUCGAAGAUACGCUCGGUCACAACUUGCACAGUCUACAAUCUCUAGACUUAUCGAAUUGUAAUUUACAAGAUCGUCUAUCUGAGGAAGCUUUUAGAAACGCAAGCAAGCUACGCGUCCUCAAUCUGAGCGGUAAUCCAAUGUUCGCUAGCGAUUUAACUGCCGUUCUGCGCCAUUUGCCAAAACUUCAUAAGCUCUCCCUCAGCAAUUGCAGUCUUCGAAGAUUGCCAGAUACCUUUGAUGUAUUCGAACACCUAGAGGAACUCGAUAUUUCUUAUAAUCCAUUAUCUGACGCAUUCGUCAGUCUUCUCAAUCCGUUAAGCGCUUUGGAAUAUUUAGAUAUGUCUUAUUGCGGUCUCGGUUAUGUUGGAACUAACACUUUUGCACAAAUGACUUUCUUAAAACAGUUAAUUCUUUCGGGAAAUGAACUUCAUACUCUGGAAGAAGGAUUGUUUGCAAAUUUGACGCGUUUGGAAAGCCUAGAGCUCAACAACUGCGACCUCAAGGCACCUCCCGAUCCAAAAGUUUUCGGUGACCGCGAGUUAACUGAUAUAAUAGAACUCAAACUCAGUGGCAAUCCGCUGAUCGUACCCGAUGAAGGCUCAUUGUUCCCAACGCAGCUCUCCAAGUUGGAGAUUUUAGACCUCAGCAACUGUGGCAUCUCACACUUGAACGAAGACAUAUUUGCUACAACGAAUAAUCUCACUCAAUUGAAUCUUUCGGGCAACACAAUAUCUGGUGUAGAAAAUUUGAGUUCUCUGAAAACAUUGCCCAGAUUAGAACAUAUAGACCUUAGCAACAACAAACUGCGUACGAUCCAUCCGAAGAUAUUGAAGGCAAAUCCACGCUUAUUAUCGAUUAAUCUCAUGGGAAAUCCGUUUAUUUGCAAUUGCUCUAUCGCAGAGACCUGGGAUUGGGCUGUGCAGGAAAAAGGUGAUCUUCACGUGCUCGUUGGCAGUCAACUGGCCAAUUUUGAAACCGGCUCAGUAAAACGAAGAAAAAAUCUCUCUUGCGCCUACGACGAAGAAACGUAUCGAAAUAUGAUAGAUAGCAGUCAGUCAACCGCAAAUCGCAAACAUUAUCCCAGCCAGUUUACUCCUUCUCGUACUUGGGCUAAAUACGUUCGCGAAUCUAACUGUAAUCGGCGUUCAUGAUAUGCGGCGGUUAACUAUCAACAUCCGAUAUUGAAUGUCUACUAUCGUAAGGUACGUAGAUAUAAACAGGAACUUUGAGCAAGUUCCGUAUUAUUAAAUAUCAUUGCAACGUCGUCAUAUCGUGCGAGCCAUUAACUACAAUAUAAUAAUAUUGUAAAAUUUAUAUUUCCGUGGCAUUAUUUUUGUAGUCAUAGGAUUAAGGCAGACCUGUAAUAGUUUACAGUUUAUAUAUUAGAAAGUAUCGUAAAGCAUGUCCAUUGAAAGUAUUGAAAUGUUACUAAGUCAAAAAAAUACUCGGUUUUGUAUAUAUAUUUUUCUUUUUUGUACAUAGUAUAAUAAUGAUUCUUGUUCUCUCUCACUCUCGUCGAUCAGGCUUUAUCUUCGUGUAUCUAAUUCAACAAAUGUUUAAGUUAAAAGUCAAAUCAGAAUAGAUCAGCUGCCAAUGAUCGACGUUAAAUAGAGAAAGUUAAAAAGAGUUUAGAAAAAUCAGUAAGGACUAAAUAAUUUCAUGUAUCUAUAUAAAGGUUGUAGUCAUUUUAAAAUAGGCU